CAUGGCGCUACCUUCAAGGUACUGCUGGAGGUGGAGAGCAAGUGUUACCGGCUUCAUUGAAACUCUGACAGGAGUCUCUGGAAGACCGAUCUUUAUUGCGGCUGCAUAUUUGAGAAGACCGGGCGCCAAAGCAUGUUUAGAAUACAAGAUCCCUGUCAUAGGUAGAGCUGUGCCGUUGAACACAGUGUCAAGCCCUGUUACAAGGCAUAGGAGUAGGUUUCUCUACCACACCCCAAGAGUUUGUUGUUGCAGGAUACACAGCGAUGCAAAACUGAAAGACCCUUUCACACUUGUACAAAAUGACUUGAAAAAUUUGUAUGAAGAUAUCAAAAAGGAGCUGUUGGUGCCCAAAGCAGAGCUGAAAGCUCUUUGUGAUUACUACUUUGAUGGGAAGGGAAAAGCCUUUCGACCAAUGAUAGUUGUACUAAUGGCCAGAGCCUGCAAUAUUCACAGCAACAAAGAGGGGAAUCUUUUGCCAGCUCAGCGAUCAAUAGCCAUGAUCUCAGAGAUGAUCCACACAGCCAGCCUGGUACAUGAUGACGUCAUCGACGGAGCUGACACGCGACGAGGGAAAACCACAAUCAAUGAAAUGUGGGGAGAGAGAAAGGCUAUCUUGGCUGGAGACUUCAUCCUCUCUGCUGCCUCUAUGGCACUUGCUCGUAUUGGAAAUACUACUGUGGUUUCUGUGCUCUCCCAGGUCAUAGAGGAUCUGGUAAGAGGUGAAUUCAUGCAGCUGGGAUCCAAAGAAAAUGAGAACGAGAGAUUCAAACACUACCUUGAGAAAACCUUCAAGAAGACAGCAAGUCUUAUAGCAAACAGUUGUAAAGCAGUAUCAAUCCUGGUGAACUCAGACCCUGAAAUACACGAAAUAGCGUAUCAGUACGGGAAGAAUGUUGGCAUAGCCUUUCAGUUGGUUGAUGAUGUACUGGACUUCACAUCAUGUGCCAAUCAUUUGGGCAAGCCCUCGGCGGCGGACCUGCGCUUGGGCUUGGCUACCGGACCAGUACUGUUUGCCUGCCAGCAAUUUCCUGAGUUGCACGCCAUGAUCAUGAGGCGUUUCAGCUUUGAUGGAGAUGUGGAUCGCGCCUGGCAAUACGUGCUGGAGAGUGACGGCGUGGAGCAGACCAACUACCUCGCUCGGCGCUACUGCAAAGAGGCCAUCCGUCAGAUCAGCAGGUUGCGUCCCUCCGCCGAGCGCGACGCACUGAUCAGGCUGACCGAGCUGGUCCUUGCCCGAGACAAAUGAGCCCGGACCUUGGUUUCACUUGAGGCAGCUACACCUCUGGAGAGCCCUGAGGGUGUGUAGAAGAUCCCAGCGAAAGGGGGAUGGUUACGCUACUGAUAGUCCCCCUUCUCAACUUAUAACACUUCAGGGUUCACGGAGCACAGAGAAUGCAAUUAUUUACUCAAAAGAUUCACUGUAUACUCGUACUGUAAAUGCAGAUUUCCCUCUUUGUCUCUCCUCAUGUCUCAUCAGAGCAAAUGGUUUUAAGAUACAGGGAUGAAUCUGCUCAAUCAUUGUAAUUCCAGAUGUGGUGCAAGCAGGUGUGCCAUUGUCUCGUGUGUGUCUGUGGACUUGUGUACAUCGCCUGAAAAUCCGUCCACAUUGCGAAGGCCCAAUGGGUUGACAUCAGCACAUGUAAAGUAUAGG